AUGGCAGAAAUCGAAAGCAUUGAAGUUAUAGAAGAAGAAACCUCACCAAUAGAGCAAGUACGUUUAACAGUAUCCAACACAGAUGAUCCAAACUUACCAGUAUGGACCUUCAGAAUGUGGUUCCUAGGUGUAAUCUCAUGUGUACUAUUAUCUUUCCUUAACACAUACUUUAAUUAUCAAGAUGAACCCUUGAUCAUCACCAUGAUCACUGUUCAAGUUGCGACACUUCCUAUCGGAAGAUUGAUGGAGCGUGUGCUUCCUACUACUAAGUAUAAGUUGGGAUCAUGGGAGUUUUGUUUGAAUCCUGGACCUUUUAAUGUGAAAGAACAUGUUUUGAUUUCUAUGUUUGCUAAUGCUGGUUCUGCUUUUGGAAGUGGAACCGCUUAUGCUAUUAGUAUUGUUGAUAUUAUCAAGGUUUUUUAUAUGAGGAAGAUCUCUUUUCUUGCUAGUUGGAUCCUUGUUAUCACUACUCAGGUACUUGGGUACGGUUGGGCUGGAAUACUAAGAAAAUAUGUGGUUGAUCCAGCUGAAAUGUGGUGGCCAAGCUCUCUUGUUCAAGUUUCACUUUUCAGGGCACUACACGAGAAGCAAGAUAGGAAAACAGAUAGAACCCUUACAAAAGGCCAAUUCUUUGCAAUAGCACUAGUAUGCAGUUUCUGCUGGCAAGUAGUCCCAAGUUACCUCUUCCCAACAAUAUCAAAUCUUGCAAUAAUAUGUUUAGCUUUUCCAAAAUCAAUCCUAGCCCACCAAAUUGGUUCAGGGCUACAAGGACUUGGCAUUGGUGCAUUUUCCUUUGACUGGAACGUCGUGGCCGCCUUCAACUUAAGCCCUCUUGUCACUCCAUUUUUCGCCAUUGCUAACAUAGCAGUUGGUUAUGCUCUAAUGAUGUACCUUGUUAUUCCAAUAUCAUAUUGGGGGUUAAAUUUGUAUAAUGCCAAGACUUUUCCCUUUUUCUCCUCCCAUUUGUUUACUCCUGCUGGGAAGAGGUAUGAUGUUAGAGCCAUUGUGAAUAAGAAGUUUGAACUGGAUUUGCCUGCUUACGCUAAGCAAGGACGCGUUAACUUGAGUAUGUUCUUCGCGCUUACUUAUGGCUUUGGAUUCGCAGCUGUUGUGGCUACCCUAACUCAUGUUGCCUUGUUCCAUGGCAAAGACAUAUAUAGGCAAUUUCGAGCAUUAUCAAGCCGCGAGGUAGACAUACACACCAGGUUAAUGAGGAAAUACAGGGACAUUCCUAACUGGUGGUUUUACAUACUACUAAUAGUGUCACUUGCUCUUUCUUUGGUGCUUUGCAUCUUCAUGAAAGAUCAAAUCCAAAUGCCAUGGUGGGCCCUGAUCUUUGCUGCAGGCCUUGCUUUGUCGUUCACCCUUCCAGUUAGUAUUAUAACUGCUACCACUAAUCAGACACCAGGGCUAAAUGUCAUCACAGAGUAUAUAAUGGGUUUGAUUCUACCAGGAAAACCUAUUGCUAAUGUAUGCUUCAAAACCUAUGGUUAUAUCAGUAUGGCACAGGCCGUAUCUUUCCUUAACGAUUUCAAGCUUGGCCAUUACAUGAAGGUCCCUCCGCGAUCAAUGUUCUUGGUUCAGUUGAUUGGAACCAUCAUAGCAGGAACAACCAACUUAAUGGCAGCAUGGUAUUUUUUAAACACUGUCCAAAACAUAUGCCAAGACCAACUCCUCCCUCCAGGAAGCACUUGGACAUGUCCAAACGACAACGUUUUCUUCGAUGCAUCUGUGAUCUGGGGUUUGAUCGGACCAAGAAGGAUGUUUGGACCCUUAGGAAAUUAUGGGAGCAUAAAUUGGUUCUUCCUAGGAGGCGCGAUUGGCCCUCUACUAGUAUGGUCAUUACAUAAAGCAUUCCCUAAGUAUAAGUGGAUUCCGCUCAUCAACUUGCCAGUGCUCCUUGGCGCCACAGGCAACAUGCCCCCUUCUUCAUCUAUCAACUUCACCAGUUGGAUUUUUAUUGGUUUUAUCUUCAACUACUUGGUUUUGCGUUACCGGAAGAAUUGGUGGCAGAAGUACAACUAUAUUCUCUCUGCAGCCUUGGAUGCUGGUGUGGCUUUUAUAACUGUGCUCCUAUAUUUUGCACUUGGAAGUGAUAGAGGUAUUUCAUGGUGGGGUGGUUCUGGUUCUGAAUAUUGUGACCUUGCUACUUGUCCUACUGCUAAAGGUAUUGUUGCUGAUGGGUGCCCUGUAUUUUAAUGUUCAUAUUGUGGAGAUAAAUUCAUAUUGCACUCUUGCUUUGUAGUAACUUUUGUAGAAAGAUAAGAUUUCUUUGGGUUUUAUUGUUGACUUUCAUAGUUACUAAUGGAAGAUAUAUCAAGGUACAAAAGAUUAUACUUCCUCUGUUCGAAGAUAUAAUCCUUUCCUUCAGAAAUAUUGCACCGUUUCAUGCUUUCACAUUUGCUGAUGCGUGGUUUCAAACGUUAAUAUCUUCAAUUAUU